CCCGGCGGCCGCGCCGCCUCCGUGAGGCUGAAGAGGGAUGGGGGGGCCCGGGCUGCUUCUCCCGGGGCUCCGCACGGCUCCGGGCGGCGGGGCGGGCUGCGGACGGGCGGCGUGAAGCGGCUGGAGCGGCCCCGCGUGCCCCGGCCCCGAGCGGGGAAUGAGAGGCGGCCCCGCGGGGCUGCCCGCCGGGACGCACCAUGCGGGAGCUGGCGAUCGAGAUCGGCAUUCGUGCCCUGCUCUUCGGGGUCUUCGUUUUUACAGAAUUUUUGGAUCCAUUCCAACGAGUUAUCCAGCCAGAAGAGAUCUGGCUGUAUAAAAAUCCUUUGGUGCAAUCAGACAACAUACCUACACGUCUUAUGUUUGCAAUUUCCUUCCUCACGCCACUGGCAGUCAUUUUUGUGGUCAAAAUAAUCCGGCGAACAGACAAGACUGAAAUCAAAGAGGCUUUCUUAGUUGCGUUUUCAGGCCUUGGCUUUACCACCUUCUACUUAGCUGGAAAGUUACAUUGCUUCACGGAAAAUGGCCGGGGGAAGAGCUGGCGGCUUUGUGCAGCGAUUCUCCCACUCUACUGUGCCAUGAUGAUUGCCCUGUCACGUAUGUGUGAUUACAAGCAUCACUGGCAAGAUGCUUUUGUUGGAGGGAUCAUUGGCCUCAUUUUUGCUUAUAUUUGCUACAGACAACACUACCCUCCUUUGGGUAAUACAGCGUGUCAUAAAUCUUAUGUCAGCCUGCUAGAUCAGAACUCUGUGAAGAAGGAAGAGAGACCUACAGCAGAUAAUGCUACUGGCCUGCCUCUAGAGGGAAUAACUGAAGGUCCUGUAUGACUUUAAGAAAUGUGCAGAAUGAACUUUUAGCCUUCUCACAUUUCCUCCAAACUGGUCUCUUAACACAGUGUCUCUUACUGUACGUUGUUUUUCUUUUGUUUCUUUCCUUUUUAUAAAGAGAAAAUAAAUAUUUUGGUUUUAAUGGCAUAAUAGCAUCAUACUUCUACAGUUAAAUUUUCAGUUCAUAUUGACUUGCUGAAUUAUCUGUUUUCAGUCUCCUGCGAACAGAUAAGCUACUUGAGGGAAGGGGAAAGAACAGGAAUAAAAACAAUCUUAUGUGGAGAAAUGGCUAAGAAAGUAAUUUUAAGAUGUGUUUGAAGGCAGGGUAGAUCUGGAAACAGAUUUUCUAAAGUACUGAGUAUCUCCUAGCAAGUUCUGGUCAUUUUCAGCACUCAUUGAUUUUGAUGGGUGAUGAAUACACAAAGCACUUUUCACCAGAUGCUCAGCAUCUGUUGUGUCUAGACAUUUCUCUAUAUAACUUAGUAAGUUAGGGCAUCAUCUUUAUGUUUAGCUUGUUGCCUUCUAACAUUAAAAAAAUCUCCACAUGCUGGUAGAACUUUGUAUUAAUUGUCAAGUUUUGACAAUUAAUUCUAGUUACUACUAGAGCUACUAAUGAUCAAGCAGCCAAAAGGUGUGAAUGGGUAAGUGUUUGUAAGAGCCAAGCUUCAUGCAUUAGUGGUUCCACAGGAUGAUUAUAACAGUCAGGAAAUUCCACCCUGUUAAAAUUAUUAUAUAGCUUACAGAAACAUAUGUUCAUAGGAAGGAUUAGAAACUUGGUGUUUAAAUAAAAUCUGCAUUUUUUUGAGGGCAAUCACGGUGAUUACUGCCAAAACAAAAUGAAAUAACACUCAUGACAUUCAACAAGCUGAAGUCUUUGAAAUAAGUUUUCAAAAAGCCUAAAACUGUGAAGAUAAAUAAUCACAAUGUUUUCUGUGAAUCUCGGUGUGCCACGUUCAUUCUUGUGCAGUGACCCACUGCAGCACUGGCUGCCUAAAGAAAUGCAAAGAUUCUCAUUUGUGACUUUGGGCACACAACCACGAAUGCUUGUGGUGGUCUCCAGCACUGUAACAUAUCCAUAGGAAUGCUUGAGACAGUUUACCACUAGACCCAUUCCACAUUUUCAGCUCAUCAUGUUCUUGAGCAUGGUGUUUGCGAGGGUUGGCUUGGUACCUGGAUUGAAAUUCACCAGAAUCAGAACACUGUUGGUAUGGAGAAGAUUACAAAGUGUAUGAUUUUAGUUAACUUAUUAUGGGUAGGUCCCUGUUUUAUUAUGUCUGCACUGUGCAGUAUGCAUCCCAUUCCUGUGAAAUGAUGUACCUUUGGGUGGCAGAAUGUCAGAUUCCAGAUUUUUUUUUUUCCCUUAGGUAUCCUGUGAAAAUGCAGGCAAAUGUUCCAGACCACAUCUUGGCAGUUGAACAUUUCUUAUCUGGAGCUGCUGGUUAAAGCAAUCAAGAUAGCGCUGAUCAACGACCAUUAUUACGGUGCUUUAGACUGGAGGAUACUGCUGCCAUAAUUAUAGUUUCUGUGUUACUGUUGGAAUAUGUAUUAUUGGCCUCGUAGGCAUUUUGUGAUUCAAACGGCUCAAUGUCUUCAUGUAAAGCUUGUCACUUACUUUUCUCAAAGGUAAGCUUCGUAGAAUUUUCUGAGAAGAGCUACUUCCUCAUUGGCAACACUUGAACUUUUAUAGAAAAGCAAGUAAAUUAGAAGCCCUUUAAAAUAAAUGUAGUAAUUGUGUACAAGAGGAUGCAACUUGACUAUGUAUAAACUUACAUGAUAUUUGGAAAUAACUAUAAAUAGGAAAUGACAUUAAGGAGCAGAAUGUAAAAGGCAUGAACCCAGGAGGGUUCUGCAGAAAUUAAGCCUGAUUUACUUGUAAAACUGAUACCAGUUUGAGCGCAUCAGUUAGAGACAGGGUUUUUUUUCUGACAGUUACAGUAUUCUGAGCUCUAGAAUAGAGACAGUUCCCAAAUGUAACUGGGGUUGCUGAUGUAUAUAUGCUGGUUCACAAAACUAGCAUCAGCAAAGCAAAAUUGUUCCAGCAUUGCAUUUGCACUGGAUUUGACAAAGCACUCCUCUAGUGUAAUCAAGGUCUUAUUCUAGAAAUCCACACAAUUUAGUGGAGGUUUAAUCUUUCUAUAAAGUUUUUAAACCAUCCUACAGAAUUCUGUAACAGGGAUAUCAUUUUGUAUCUUUCAUAGGGGAGGAUUAACGAAAGCCCUACAGUAAGGGUAUCAUGUCUUUACAUUAUACAGGGCUUAGCCAUUAGCUUUUUCUUUCAGCAGGAACCCUAGUCUUCCAGGUUAUAUGCAAAUGUUAAAAGAAAAUAAGACUUAAAUGAAAAUUAGAAGUUUAAUACUGAUGCAUAGAGCAUUUUGCAUGUUUUUAUAUAGAUCUGGCUUAUUCUUAAAAAUGAGUGGGGCCUCCUAAAUGUGCUGUACACAUUCCUAGUAUUUUAAUGGCUUUUGAUACAAACGAGCUAUCUUUGGCAUGAGGAAAUCUUAUACAGCCCUCAAAUGAGUAGUGGCUGUUUAAAGAUUGGAAUAUGAAGUGUAACGCAGCGUAAAUACUUACAUUGCAAGAGUAAUUGGUGAACUUUGCCAAGCAGUAAAGAAUAACCUAUUUUAAUGGGAAUAAUUAAAUUGAAAGUCAUCAAAUAGACAAUGUAAAAGCUUUGAUUAGAAUGUAAUUAGAAUUACGAAAGACUUAAUGAAAUGAAACUUGUGGAGGGAUCUGUGGGCACUGUAAUUACCAGUGCAGAGUCAGCGUAUGGAAGGCAUUUUUGUGGAUCAGUGUAUUUUAAUCUCAUGCUUUCUCAGUGUGAAGGAAAUGUAACGUCGUAACACACCAAUAAAACAACACAUGAAUGUGGGUUUAUA